AUGGGCGUGCCGAGCCUUACCGAAUGGCCUCCCUGGAAUACAGCCGGGACGCCCUUUACACGGAGGAGCGGAUCCGCCUUUGGAGACUGGGCCGUGAGGAAGCAGAGCAUCCCGACGGGCAAGGUCCCAAUCCUGAUGGUGGACGGGCGGCCCCUCGCGCAGUCCCUCGCCAUCGCCCGCUACUUGGCCAAGGAGGUCGGCCUCGUACCCAAGGACAACCUCGAAGCCGCCUUUGGUGACGCCCUGGCCGACACCAUCGCCGAAAUGAUGGCCGCUUUUUAUAAGAACAAGAUGUCAUCAGUCACCGAGGAUGAAAAGGAGAGAAAGUUUAACGAAGAAAUAAAUCCAAAUAUUAUACGUCCUCUCUUGGGGGAUCUGAACAAACACUUGGCAGACAGAUCGUGGUACUCUUCUGGACAGAUGUCUUGGGUCGAUCUGAUGAUAGCCGUCGAGUUCGGAGGCCUCAGGAAGUCCUACCCAAAGCUCCUGGACGACUUCCCUAAGGUCGCAGGACACGUGGACAAGGUCAUGGCCCUCCCGAGUAUCAGCGCUUGGGUGAAAAGACGCCCAGACACCUUUUUAUAAGAGGAAAGGACGUGACUUUUGGUACGAUCAGCUGGUGCGCAAAAAUGGAUAAAGGAUUUUAAUGUGAGGUUUUCGCAAUGAUUUUGAUUAAAUUCUUCUGUAAUUUGUUUUAUAUAUGACCGUAAUCGACAUGACUGGCAAGUUUUAUUAAAUCAAUCAUGUUUUUUUUACGGUUUGGUUAGCAAUUACGUGUACCUUUUUUGUAUAAGGUAAUAUCUUGCUAAAUAAAAAAGACAGAUUUAAU